AUGGCAAGUCGUUCAUCAGCUCCUGAAAUUGAUAUCAAAGCUGAGUAUUGUCCAGAAGCUGUGAUUGAGUGGUACCGAUUAACAGGUUUAGAAGAUCGUAAAGAGAGUCUGAAAAGAAAGGAUUUGGCUUUGAAAGCAAAACAACAUCUGGUUUAUUUGAAGUGGGAGUUUUGGUAUGUUAACAAAAAGGGUAAGUGGGAAUUGCGUUAUACUUCACCUCUAAAUAGAAAAAAUUAUAUAUCUCUUAGAAAGGCAUGUGAGAGUUGUAUUCAAGAUGGCGGUUGUUCCGCCAUGCAGUCUUCAACAAGUGUACAAGUACCAUCAACAACAAUUUUUGAAGAUGGUGGUUCCAUCACACCAUCAGUAACAAUUCCUUCGUCUCCAUUAAAUUUGAAAAAACGGGUGAGAGAUUUUGGAGAAAUCGAUCAAUCAACUUUCAAUGAGGAUCCUGAAGCCUUUACUUCAUUUUCUCUUCAAAAAUGUGAUGUUACAACAAUUCCAGCAUCAAAGGUAAAUGAGAAACAUGUGAGUACUUGUAAAUCACAAGUUACUAAUUCACUACCUCCUUAUAAAAGACAAAAGGUAUCAAAUAUGAGUAUAAUGGAUAAGAAUUUAGAGGGUUGUGAUCAAAAUGAAAAAGUACCAAAUGUGAGUAUUUUGGAGGAUAAUUCACAAGUCUUUGGAAAAAGAGAAGACCGAACAUUUGUUUCUUGGUUGGAUCAAAAUGAAAAAGUAUCAAAUGUGAGUAUUUUGGAGGAUAAUUCACAAGUCUUUGGAAAAAGAGAAGAACAAACAUUUGUUUCUUGGUUGGAUCAAAAUGAAAAAGUACCAAAUGUGAGUAUUUUGGAGGAUAAUUCACAAGUCUUUGGAAAAAGAGAAGAACGAACAUCUGUUUCUUGGUUGGAUCAAAAUGAAAAAGUAUCAAAUGUGAGUAUUUUGGAGGAUAAUUCACAAGUCUUUGGAAAAAGAGAAGAACGGACAUUUGUUUCUUGGUUGGAUCAAAAUGAAAAAGUACCAAAUGUGAGUAUUUUGGAGGAUAAUUCACAAAUCUUUGGAAAAAGAGAAGAACGGACAUUUGUUUCUUGGUUGGAUCAAAAUGAAAAAGUAUCAAAUGUGAGUAUUUUGGAGGAUAAUUCACAAGUCUUUGGAAAAAGAGAAGAACGGACAUUUGUUUCUUGGUUGGAUCAAAAUGAAAAAGUACCAAAUGUGAGUAUUUUGGAGGAUAAUUCACAAAUCUUUGGAAAAAGAGAAGAACGGACAUUUGUUUCUUGGUUGGAUCAAAAUGAAAAAGUAUCAAAUGUGAGUAUUUUGGAGGAUAAUUCACAAGUCUUUGGAAAAAGAGAAGAACGAACAUUUGUUUGGUUGGUAAAGAAUCGAGUUUUAGUUCCAGGGACUAAUGUGUUCUGUCGUGGUAGUAACAAUAUUGUCAAAAUUGGGAGUAUAGUUUUUGAUGGUAUAGUUUGUGAUUGUUGUCAUGAUCAUUUCAAUAUUAUUGGAUUUCAGACUCAUGCUGGCUGCAUAAGAAAUACUCCGUCCGCUAGUAUUAUGUUGGAAGACGGAAGGUCAUUGUUAGAAUGUCAAAGAGAAGCUCUGAAUUUGACUUUGCCAAUUUGA